GUGCCUGCUCCUUUCUUACCGUCGUUCUGGUUGCUCCCCAGCCCCACUGUUGGCCUCCUCUGCCCACGCCGCUCUGCCAGGUGAUUUUUUAGCCGACUCAAAAAUCGUCUUUCUGGUUGCUCCCUAGCCCCACUGUGGGGGGUUCCUCUGCCCACGCCGCGCUGCCCUACUUUGACUCCAUCAGCUACACCAUGGGGGCAAGCGCUGCUGAGUUCUUCCUGGUGAGUGCUCCACUCCACUCCUCGCUGCCCCCUGCUCCGUACACCAUAUGCCUCUCCCUGCCAUAACCCUAUGGCCCUCGCUGUCUUCCACUCCUCCCUACUCCCUAACCGAACCGUGCGCCUGCCCGCUCUGCUCUGCUGUACUUUGACUCCAUCGGCCAUACCAUGGGGGCCAAUACCAGUGCUGCUGAGCUGAGCUCUUCCGCCAGAGUCCUCCUCUGCCCCUGAAGCAGCGGACGCGACCAUCCUUUUCGGCUCCUCCACCAACCUCAUCCGCCUCUGGGCCACCGGGGACGCUGCCAGGGAGAUAGAGGGCAAUAUUCCUGAUCCCUCGUCUCGCUCCCUCUCUCUGUUCCACUUUGCACCAAGCAGGACCUCACAGCUCCCAAGGCAGCGGACGCGUCCACCCAUUUCAGCACGUCCAUCCAUUUCAGCGCGUCCACCCAUUUCAGCGCGUCCACCAGCCUCAUCCGCCUCUGUUUUUGAGAAUUCUCAAAAACAAAACACGUCCACCAACCUCAUCCGCCUCUGGGGCACGGGGGAUGCUGCCAGGGAGAUAGAGCACUGCUCUUACAUCCCCCAUUUCCUAAUCCCCAUUCCCAACCCUCUCCCCUUCACCAACAGGAUCUGACAGCCCCCGAAGCAGCAGAUGCGUCCAUUCACUUUGGCACGUCCACCAACCUCAUCCGUUUGUGGGCCACCGGCGAUGCUGACCUUACAUUCCCCUCCCCAUUCCCAACCCUCUCCCCUUCACCAACAGGAUCUGACAGCCCCCGAAGCAGCAGAUGCGUCCAUUCACUUUGGCACGUCCACCAACCUCAUCCGUUUGUGGGCCACCGGCGAUGCUGACCUUACAUUCCCCUCCCCAUUCCCAACCCUCUCCCCUUCACCAACAGGAUCUGACAGCCCCCGAAGCAGCAGAUGCGUCCAUUCACUUUGGCACGUCCACCAACCUCAUCCGUUUGUGGGCCACCGGCGAUGCUGACCUUACAUUCCCCUCCCCAUUCCCAACCCUCUCCCCUUCACCAACAGGAUCUGACAGCCCCGGAAGCAGCAGAUGCGUCCAUUCACUUUGGCACGUCCACCAACCUCAUCCGUUUGUGGGCCACCGGCGAUGCUGACCUUACAUUCCCCUCCCAUUCCCAACCCUCUCCCCUUCACCAACAGGAUCUGACAGCCCCCGAAGCAGCAGAUGCAUCCAUUCACUUUGGCACGUCCACCAACCUCAUCCGUUUGUGGGCCACCGGCGAUGCUGACCUUACAUUCCCCUCCCCAUUCCCAACCCUCUCCCCUUCACCAACAGGAUCUGACAGCCCCGAAGCAGCAGAUGCGUCCAUUCACUUCGGCACGUCCACCAACCUCAUCCGCCUCUGGGCCACCGGGGACGCUGCCAGGGAGAUAGAGCGGGCUGCCAUGCCCUCGACAGCUGCCACAGUGUCCCAGGCGUCUGCUAAAAGCGGGGAGGGGGGUGAGGGUCAGGGGAAUGGGGAUGUGGAGGUGGGGGAGGGAGUGGGGGAGGGUACUAGAGUGAGGGAUGUCGAUGCGAGAGGAGGGAGUGGGAAGAGGUGGGUAACGUCGUGGGGUUUGCAGUUUCGGGUGCUGGCGCAGCGGCACCUGCUGUCGUACCGGGUGGUGAAUCAGGACUGGAUAUUUGUGGCUGUUGUGGCGGUCAGCCUGCUCGUUUGCACCUUAUUGCCAGGUGAGGCAUGCUGGCAGGUGAGACUGGUAGAGACCCUAUGGCACGUGCGGUCGUACCGGGUGGUGAAUCAGGACUGGAUAUUUGUGGCCGUCGUGGCGGUCAGCCUGCUCGUUUGCACCUUAUUGCCAGGUGAGGCAUGCUGGCAGGUGAGACUGGAAGAGACCCUAGGGCACCUGCUGUCGUACCGGGUGGUGAAUCAGGACUGGAUAUUUGUGGCCGUCGUGGCGGUCAGCCUGCUCGUUUGCACCUUAUUGCCAGGUGAGGCAUGCUGGCAGGUGAGACUGGAAGAGACCCUAGGGCACCUGCUGUCGUACCGGGUGGUGAAUCAGGACUGGAUAUUUGUGGCCGUCGUGGCGGUCAGCCUGCUCGUUUGCACCUUAUUGCCAGGUGAGGCAUGCUGGCAGGUGAGACUGGUAGAGACCCUAGGGCACCUGCUGUCGUACCGGGUGGUGAAUCAGGACUGGAUAUUUGUGGCCGUCGUGGCGGUCAGCCUGCUCGUUUGCACCUUAUUGCCAGGUGAGGCAUGCUGGCAGGUGAGACUGGUAGAGACCCUAGGGCACGUGCGGUCGUACCGGGUGGUGAAUCAGGACUGGAUAUUUGUGGCCGUCGUGGCGGUCAGCCUGCUCGUUUGCACCUUAUUGCCAGGUGAGGCAUGCUGGCAGGUGAGACUGGUAGAGACCCUAGGGCACCUGCUGUCGUACCGGGUGGUGAAUCAGGACUGGAUAUUUGUGGCCGUCGUGGCGGUCAGCCUGCUCGUUUGCACCUUAUUGCCAGGUGAGGCAUGCUGGCAGGUGAGACUGGAAGAGACCCUAGGGCACCUGCUGUCGUACCGGGUGGUGAAUCAGGACUGGAUAUUUGUGGCCGUCGUGGCGGUCAGCCUGCUCGUUUGCACCUUAUUGCCAGGUGAGGCAUGCUGGCAGGUGAGACUGGUAGAGACCCUAGGGCACGUGCGGUCGUACCGGGUGGUGAAUCAGGACUGGAUAUUUGUGGCCGUCGUGGCGGUCAGCCUGCUCGUUUGCACCUUAUUGCCAGGUGAGGCAUGCUGGCAGGUGAGACUGGUAGAGACCCUAGGGCACGUGCGGUCGUACCGGGUGGUGAAUCAGGACUGGAUAUUUGUGGCCGUCGUGGCGGUCAGCCUGCUCGUUUGCACCUUAUUGCCAGGUGAGGCAUGCUGGCAGGUGAGACUGGUAGAGACCCUAGGGCACGUGCUGUCGUACCGGGUGGUGAAUCAGGACUGGAUAUUUGUGGCCGUCGUGGCGGUCAGCCUGCUCGUUUGCACCUUAUUGCCAGGUGAGGCAUGCUGGCAGGUGAGACUGGUAGAGACCCUAGGGCACCUGCUGUCGUACCGGGUGGUGAAUCAGGACUGGAUAUUUGUGGCCGUCGUGGCGGUCAGCCUGCUCGUUUGCACCUUAUUGCCAGGUGAGGCAUGCUGGCAGGUGAGACUGGUAGAGACCCUAGGGCACCUGCUGUCGUACCGGGUGGUGAAUCAGGACUGGAUAUUUGUGGCCGUCGUGGCGGUCAGCCUUUUCGUCUGCACCUUGCUGCCUGCCAUGUGCAUUCGCGGCAUGGCGGGGCUCAUCUUCUUCUCACACUUCUUCUGGGGGAUCAUCCCCAUGCUCACCUCCCUCUCUCAUUCCCACCCUUCCAAGUUCCAUCCGCCCUCCAACCGCUUGCCCCAUGUCAUCCCAGGUUGCCUCUGGUACAAGCGCGAUCCAACCACAGCCGAGGGCAUUCGCGAUAUGGCGGGGCUCAUCUUCUUCUCACAGUUCUUCUGGGGGCUCAUCCCCAUGCUCACCUCCGUCAUCACCUUCCUGGAGGACCGCAAGUCAGUCCAAAAAGAGCAAGAGGACGGAGUGUAUCAUAUCUCCGCGUACUACGCCGCCCGGACGCUGCUCAGCCUGCCGUACGAGAUCCUGCCGCCCGUCUUCUACAGCUGCAUCGUCUAUUGGAUGACCGGGCUCAACCCGUCGGGCGGCCGGUUCGUCUUAUUCACUUUAGUGCUUGUACUCGAUACAAUGGUGGCAUCAUCUAUAGGCAUGGCGGUGGGGACUGCGACGUCUACAGUGAAACAGGCGAUUUCGAUUGCGGCUAUUCUGCAGCUGCUGUCGGUUAUGGUGGUGCAUUUCUUAUCUCUCAAUCCCCCGGCGUGGGUGGGGUGGACGCAGUACCUCUCUUUCUCAACCUAUGUUAACAAGUUGCUAAUGCGGAUCAACUUUGAUUCUGCCGAAUCGUUCACUGGCAACUGUAGCGCUUCCAACACGAGCAGCAGCACCGCAGCCAACACGUGCUCGUGUGCCGCUACUCUUGAGCUAUCGGGCCUGAGGAAUCCGUUACCGGGGAGUGGGUGGCUGGAAGCGUGCAUCCUCGUUGCCAUGCUCAUCUUCUUCCGCUUGCUUGCUCUGCUUAUAGUGAAGCUCCGGUUGCAGUCGUGGCGGUGGCAUCGCAAUGGCCGCACUUGAGGAUAGGAGGAUAUGUAGUUGCAUGUCUAUGGUAUAAAGGCUAUGCAACCAAUCUAUACAAUCCACCGGUGUUCCUCUAAACAGCCAAGGCUUUGGGGCUUAUUAUAAAAUGCAGCUAUUAUU